ACUUUUUCCACGUUUUACAAUAUUUGACCGUUACCACAGCCUUAUUUUCAACUCUUCUAGAACCCUUUAAUCUCCUUCAUUAUAUAACCACACAAACCAACCCACCACCACCACCACUGUUAAACUAAACCCGCCGCCGCCGCCAAAAAUGCCACCGUUUGGUUCGCCGAUCGUCUCCCAGCCCUAUCAUAUCAACCACCCAGAUAAGAUCAGCCCUCAGUCGGAAAUAAUCACUGUCGACGUGGGUGGCCAAAUAUUUCAGACCACCAAGCAAACUCUAUCAUUACCGGGACCUAAGUCACUAUUUUAUCAACUCGCUGAGUCGACUCAGCUCGGUGCUCGGUUUAUUGACAGAGAUCCAGAAUUGUUCUCUGUUUUGCUGUCUCUGUUAAGAACUGGUAAUUUACCGUCUAAAGCUAAAGCUUUUGAUAUUGAAGAUUUGAUCGCCGAGUCUAAAUUUUAUAACAUUGAGUCUCUUUUAAUUAAUUCUUUAUCAAACCCGUCUCAUUUUGACGCUUUUAACCUCGAAAAGUCUCUCACUUUACCGUUAAACGGCCGUGACUUCGCUUCCACGGUUGCCACAACUCCGUUUGGGACUCUCCACGUUGCUCACGGCAGCAAGAUCACGUCGUUUGAUUGGUCAUUGAGGAGAAAGUCAACGAUUUUGACUCAGUUUACAGCCGUUGAUUCACUUUUAGCAAUCUCUCCGACUCUGGCUGCUGCCGGAGCUACUGAUUUUUCCGGUAUGCAAAUACUCGAUCUCGACAAGGGUUUCGUUCGAGACACUCUGUGUUGGGAAAAUGUGACUCGGUCUAGCUCAACGGUUCAGGCCAUUGGCUCGAACCGGGAGCAUUUGUUUACAAGCUUUGAGUCUGGUAGAAGAAACUCGAAUUCAAUUAUGGUAUACGAUUUGAAUAGUUUUACUCCGGUUUCGGAGAUUGCUCAUUGCGAGAUUUACGGGGCGGAUCUUGAUUCGGCUAUUCCCGCAACGAAAUUGGAGUGGGUAGAUAGUUAUAAUUUGUUAAUGGCGUCCGGGUCUCAUAGCGGACCUUCUGGUAUGUUAGGAAAUGUUAGAUUAUGGGAUAUAAGAUCAGGAAAUGUUGCUUGGGAAUUGAAGGAAAAAGUUGAUUGUUUUUCUGAUAUUACUGUUUCUGAUAAUUUGUCAGCUAUUUUUAAAGUUGGUGUGAAUUCAGGAGAGGUUUUCUUUACCGAUUUGAGAAAGUUAAGUUCCGGGGAGAGUAAUCCUUGGAUUUGCUUAGGUGAUAGUCGGAAGGUUUUGAAUGUGAAGAAGGGAGGAUUCGGAUGUAAAAUUGAGGCUCAUGGGAGUCAAGUGUUUUGUAGUAAAGGUGGAGAUGUUGAGAUUUUGUCUGAAGUGGCAAUGAACUCUUCGAAGAAAGGCGAGGAUGAGUUGCCUGAACGAGUGUUUAGGAGGAACUCGAUUGGUAGAGUGAAGGAUAUGGGAGGAUCGCGGGUAACUAAGUUGGCCUUUGGAGGGAGCAAAAUGUUUGUGACUCGGAAGGAUCAGCAGUCUGUUGAGGUUUGGCAAAGUUCUGUAAGGUGUUUUUAGAUUUUGAUAACUUAGUUAGUGCUUGUUAAGUAGUUUUCAGAGAUACAUUUUAUUAAUUUAUUUAUUUUGAGAGUCAUUUCAUAGUGUGAUUCUUACAAUUGUAAAUGUCCAUGUAUCAUACCCAUAUGUAUAAUAUGAUUUCUUGUUCCCGAGUGUUAUGCUCCA